UCGGUUCUCUAAUCCAUUCACCCGUAGCUUCUCCGUCGGGAGAAAAGGAAAGAUGGCGGACGACGAGUUUGCUAACGCUGAUCUCACUGGUCGCUACGGCGAGUUGCCCCCGUAUUACGCCAACCUUUUCCGUCCGACCCGUGACGAAGAGCAUCGGAGCAUAACCACGAAACUCUGGUACUGGGGCUUUCCUGCCUUUAUAGGAAUCGGCACCAUAUGCGUCGUCAACUUGUCCACAAGGAGACCGGCGCUCAGCGGUAUCCAAAAGCAUCUGAUCGCAGCGUCCAUUGGAGCGGUUACGGGAGAAGGGCUACGGCGUUACUUUAUGUAUUCUGCGAGGGAAAGGGACGCCUUGCUCAGACACUAUAUUCUGCUUCACCCGGAGGACUUUCCCGAGCCAGAGCGCAAGAAGUAUGCGGACGUAUUCGAGCCGUGGCUUCCAGUCCGCUGAGGACCACCCGCAACGGCCAGUUCUUUGGGGACGACCAAGUGGUUGGAGGCGACGCAUUGCUUGUUUUUGUAGAAAUAAAGAGUUGUGUUUAGA